UUUUCUUUUUCUUUUUCUUUUCCUUUUCCUUUUUCUCUUUCUUUUUCUUUUUCUUUUUGUUUAUUUUAUUUUAUUUUUUAUUUUACAAAAGAUAAAAAAUAAACAAAAAAUGAAAUUAUUAAGUUUUAUUUUACUGGUUUUUUUUGUAUUUUAUGCAAAUGGACAAGUAUUAAAGACUAUUUGGGAAAUAGUUGGAGCGUCAGAAUCAAAGACAUUUUAUGAAACUUUAAAUUUAGAUAAAUUUGAAUCAAUUUCAAAUAGACUUCAAGAUCCAUUAUCCAAUAAUACUUUAUUCUUACCAACAGAAUCAGCUACACAAUCAGCAAUUAAAAAUAACUUUUUUUCAAACAAAACAACUGAAGAUGAAUUAUUAUACCACAUGUUAGGUGAAAUAUAUGAUUUUAAUGCCUUCUUUUCAAUACGUUAUUAUCUUAAGACACUUUCACCUAAAUAUCCUACUAUCAUUGUUACACCUCAGGAAACAGAUAUUUUUAGUAUAAAAUUUCAAGUUUUAGCUGGACCUAUUAUUGCUAAUAUAUUGAAUUAUACACAAUGCAGUAAUGGUAUCAUUUAUCAUGUAGAUCAAUUUUUAUUAGCGCCACUUAAUAUCAUAGAUACCAUUUCUUUUUUAUCUAAUUUGGAUAUACUUGAAAAUGAAAUUAAGGCACAAAAUUUAAGUAGCAUAUUUGCUAAUUCGAAUAGUACAACUAUUUUUGCCCCUAUUGAUUCUGCUUGGUCUAUUUAUAAUGGUAGUGCAAAUAUACCUUAUGGCACUAUUAUACAUAAUUUAGAAUAUGAAGUAGUCGAUGGCAUUUAUUAUCAUAGAAACUUUUCAUAUUUUAAUUAUACAUUACAUACACAUUAUCUUUCUACACCUAUGACUGUUUUAUCCUUUUCUAAUGGUUCAAUAGUUGCCAUGAAUGGUGACACUUACGAAUAUUAUGAUAUGCCACCACAAAAAUCGACAGUAACGGCUAAUGUCAUUCGAACUGAUAUUUUGACAUCUAACGGUACAGUUAUCCAUUUAGUCGAUAAAAUUUUGCCCGCAAAUUCAAAGGCAGAUUUAAUGCUUAUUAACAAUAGAAAGUCAACGAUUGCAACAACAAGUCAUCAUGAUGAUAAAUUAUUUAUAAAUAAUAACAACAGUAAUGCUAUUUCUUCCUCUUCUGCUAAUCACACCACAACCUUCCCCUUGAUUCUAUUUAUCAGUAUUAUUAACGGUAUUUUACUCUAUUGUGCGAAAUAAAUUAUUCUCCUUUUAAAUAUAUAAAUGUAUACACAUAUACAUAUACGUAUAUAAUAAUAAAAGACUGUAAAAUAAAUUAUAGCAGUAUAUAAUGUCAAA